CUCUCUCUCUCAUAUUUAUUACUCGAAAGCCUCUUGCUUUUUCUGCUCUAUUUAGAUUUCAAAAUCUUCCCAAUUCACUACAAACGUCAUAGAAAGAAAACAUCCCUCACAAAACACAACCCCCACCUCAAGAACAGAGGAGUUAUUCGCCGUUUCAUAUCCGAAUUCACAGAUUCAAGCUUUUUUGAAUUAAUAAUGGAGGAAAUGAAAUGGGUGUUUGGAAUUUGGGAACUAGUUUGCAUAUCGAUUGUUCUUGGAUGGUUAUUUUACAAGUAUUUGAUUGUCCGAAAAUGGGGUUUGGGAGAUAAUCAAGAGGAGGAGCGCCGCCUGCAACCACCGCGAGGCAGCUCAGGUUGGCCGUUGAUCGGAGAAACAAUUGAAUUCAUUGCAUCUGGAUUCACUUCUCGUCCUGUCAGUUUCAUGGAGAAACGGAAGUCUCUUUAUGGGAAGGUGUUUAAGACACACAUUUUGGGUAGACCAAUUAUUGUGUCAACGGAUCCGGAUGUAAACAAAGUGGUUUUACAAAACCAAGGCAAUGUUUUCAUCCCGAGUUAUCCGAAAUCCGUGAUUGAGUUGCUUGGUGAAUCUUCGAUACUCCAAAUCAAUGGCGGAUUACAAAAGAGAUUGCAUGCGAUUAUCGGAGGUUUCUUGAGGUCUCCUCAAUUCAAAGCUCGCAUCACUAAAGAUAUUGAGAAUUCAGUGAAGCUCGCAUUGUCUUCUUGGAUCGAUCGGAAAAAUACCCACCACCCUAUUAUUUACCUUCAAGAUGAAACGAAAAAGAUUACUUUCCAAAUUCUUGUGAGGGUGUUGAUGAGUGUGGAGCCAGGUGAAGAUAUGGAGUUCCUCAAGAGAGAAUUCAUGGAAGUCAUCAAAGGCUUAAUUUGUCUACCGAUCAAACUUCCAGGUUUCAGAAUGUAUAAAUCUCUCCAGGCUAAAGAAAGAAUGUUAAAGAUGGUGAGAAAGAUUGUAUAUGAUAGGAAAAUGGCAAUGGAGAAAAAAGAAACAAAAGAUUCAGGUUCACCAAAUGACGCCAUUGAUGUGUUGUUAAGAGAUACAGGUGAAUCAGAUGGGACCCAGCAACGGUUACCCUUGGAUUUCAUCAGUGGGAACAUUAUUGAGAUGAUGAUCCCUGGGGAAGACUCGGUGCCCAUGAUCAUGACUCUAGCUGUCAAAUACUUGAGUGAUAAUCCUGUGGCUCUUGCUUGUCUUAUGGAGGAAAAUGAUGAAUUAAAGAAGCGAAAGGAUGAAUCGGGCGAAGGGUAUGCUUGGACCGAUUAUGUCUCACUUCCGUUUACUCAAGGCGUGAUAAGUGAGACUCUUCGGAUGGCGAAUAUCAUCAAUGCGAUUUGGAGAAAAGCUGUUGAAGACGUAGAAAUCAAAGGCUACUUGAUCCCAAAAGGAUGGUGUGUUUUGGCAUCAUUGACUUCCGUUCAUAUGGAUGAAGAAAACUAUGAAAACCCCGAUGAAUUUGAUCCAUGGAGAUGGGAGAAAACGGGAGCGAGUGUCAAUAGCAACAAGUUUACACCGUUUGGUGGUGGACAAAGGUUGUGUCCCGGUUUGGAGUUCUCAAGGCUAGAAAUCAGUAUUUUCCUUCAUCAUUUUGUCACGAGUUACACUUGGGUUGCGGAAGAAGAUCAGAUUGUAUAUUUUCCAACGGUUAAGACAAAAAGAAAGUUACCUAUCAUGGUGACACCCAGAUGAAAUCAGUGACAAAAAGAUAUUUGAUUAAUAAUUAAUCGUAUGAGUCAUGGUAAAUUUAUUACAAUUUGUUUGGGCAUAAGGUGUAUAUAUUAUGAUGAACAAAGGUUUGAUUGUUUGUUUCUGGUCAACUUCAGUUUUGGGUUUAUACUGUUUUGCUUUUACAUAAAAUAAGUGUUCAAUUUGACCCUAUUAAUUUAGUUAGUCCAUUCUUGGACAUAUUCAUAUA